UGGGCCUGAGCCACAGAGCUUGGUUAAUGCAGCCAUUGCUCAGGUUCUGAUUUGCUACCUGCAAACCACAUUGUCAAUGAGGGAAGAAACUGGCAGAGAAUUUGUGGUGGGAGUGAAGUCCUAAUACCAUUCAACAUGCGCAAAGGGGUGCCAAAGGACCCAGAAAUAGCUGACCUGUUCUACAAAGAUGAUCCUCAGGAACUAUUUGUGGGUUUGCACGAAAUUGGACAUGGAAGUUUUGGAGCCGUUUAUUUUGCCACCAAUGCUCGUACUAAUGAGGUGGUUGCCAUCAAGAAGAUGUCCUACAGCGGGAAGCAAACAAACGAGAAAUGGCAGGAUAUCAUCAAGGAAGUCAGAUUUCUACGACAGCUGAAGCACCCCAACACCAUAGAGUAUAAGGGCUGUUACUUGAAAGAGUAUACUGCCUGGUUAGUUAUGGAGUACUGUUUAGGAUCCGCUUCUGAUUUGUUAGAAGUUCACAAGAAGCCACUUCAGGAAGUAGAGAUAGCUGCCAUUACCCAUGGUGCCUUGCAGGGGCUGGCCUACCUGCAUUCUCAUUGUAAGAUACAUAGGGAUAUUAAAGCAGGAAAUAUUCUCCUAACAGAACCAGGUCAAGUGAAGCUAGCUGAUUUUGGGUCCGCAUCUAUAGCCUCUCCUGCCAAUUCCUUUGUGGGGACACCUUACUGGAUGGCCCCCGAGGUAAUCCUGGCUAUGGAUGAAGGACAAUAUGAUGGAAAGGUUGAUGUCUGGUCUCUUGGAAUCACAUGCAUAGAGCUGGCUGAACGGAAGCCUCCCCUCUUCAAUAUGAAUGCUAUGAGUGCCUUAUAUCACAUAGCCCAGAACGACUCCCCUACAUUACAGUCGAAUGAAUGGACGACCUCUUUCAGGGGCUUUGUUGAUUACUGCUUGCAAAAACUACCUCAGGAAAGACCAUCGUCGGCAGAGUUAUUGCGGCACGAGUUUGUUCGUUCUGAGCGGCCGCCCCGGGUUCUAAUAGACUUGAUUCAAAGAACAAAGGAUGCUGUGCGAGAACUGGAUAACCUUCAGUACCGGAAAAUGAAGAAAAUCCUUUUCCAGGAGGCCCACAAUGGCCCUCUGAAUGAAUUUCAGGAAGAGGAGGAGGACAGUGAGCAUGGGACAAACCUCAGUAGGAAGAUGGACAGUCUGGGCAGCAACCAUUCUAUCCCCAGCAUGUCUGUGAGCACGGGCAGCCAGAGCAGCAGUGUCAACAGCAUGCAGGAGGUCAUGGAUGAGAGCAGCUCUGAGCUGGUCAUGAUGCAUGACGACGAGAGCACCAUUAAUUCCACUUCCUCUGUUGUGCACAAGAAGGAUCAUGUAUUCAUAAGGGAUGAGGUGGGCCACGGGGAGCGCAGGCCUGAUCUGCGGCCUACCCACUCAGUCCAGAAUCAGGCCCUCCACUACCGGAACCGAGAACGCUUUGCCACAAUCAAAUCAGCAUCUUUGGUUACAAGGCAGAUCCAUGAGCAUGAGCAGGAGAACGAGUUGCGGGAACAGAUGUCAGGAUAUAAGCGGAUGCGGCGCCAGCACCAGAAGCAGCUGAUCGCCCUGGAGAACAAGCUGAAGGCUGAAAUGGACGAGCACCGCCUCAAGCUGCAGAAAGAGGUGGAGACUCAUGCCAACAACUCGUCCAUUGAGCUGGAGAAGCUGGCCAAGAAGCAAGUGGCCAUCAUAGAGAAGGAGUCAAAGGCAGCGGCGGCAGAUGAGAAGAAAUUCCAGCAGCAGAUUUUGACUCAGCAGAAGAGAGAUCUGACCAAUUUCUUAGAAAGUCAGAAGAAGCAAUACAAGAUUUGCAAGGAAAAGAUUAAAGAGGAGAUGAAUGAGGAUCACAGCACACCGAAGAAGGAGAAGCAAGAGAGGAUAUCCAAACACAAAGAGAACCUGCAGCACACACAGGCUGAAGAGGAGGCCCAUCUUCUCAGCCAGCAGAGACUCUACUAUGACAAAAACUGCCGUUUCUUCAAGCGAAAAAGCAUGAUCAGGAGGCACGAGUUGGAGCAGCAGAACAUUCGAGAGGAGCUAAAUAAGAAGAGAACGCAGAAGGAGAUGGAGCACGCCAUGCUAAUCCGGCACGAUGAGUCGACGCGGGAGUUAGAGUACAGGCAGCUGCACACGUUGCAGAAGCUACGCAUGGACUUGAUCCGGCUGCAGCACCAGACUGAGCUAGAGAACCAGCUGGAGUACAACAAGCGGCGGGAGCGGGAGCUGCACAGGAAGCAUGUUAUGGAACUUCGGCAGCAGCCCAAAAACCUUAAGGCCAUGGAAAUGCAGAUCAAGAAGCAGUUCCAGGACACGUGCAAAGUGCAAACCAAGCAGUAUAAAGCACUCAAGAACCACCAGCUGGAAGUGACUCCAAAGAGUGAGCACAAAACUAUUCUGAAGAGCCUGAAGGAUGAGCAGACGAGGAAGCUUGCCAUCCUGGCUGAGCAGUACGAGCAGAGCAUCAAUGAGAUGAUGGCAUCGCAAGCGCUGCGGCUGGACGAGGCUCAGGAAGCGGAAUGCCAGGCCCUGCGGCUGCAGCUUCAGCAGGAGAUGGAGCUGCUCAAUGCCUACCAGAGCAAAAUCAAGAUGCAGACGGAAGCACAGCAUGAACGGGAGCUCCAGAAGCUGGAGCAGAGGGUGUCAUUGCGCAGGGCACAUCUCGAGCAAAAGAUUGAAGAGGAGCUGGCCGCCCUGCAGAAGGAGCGCAGCGAGAGGAUAAAGUUUCUGUUGGAAAGGCAAGAGCGAGAGAUUGAAACUUUUGACAUGGAGAGCCUUCGAAUGGGCUUUGGAAAUUUGGUCACAUUAGAAUUUCCUAAGGAGGACUACAGAUGAGAUUAAAUUUCUUUUGCCAUUAAAAAAAAUGCAAACAAAAAAUAUCUCAAAAUCCCAACAUUCCCCCCCAUGUUAACGGGUGUGCUCUCUCUCUUUCUGUCUCUCUCUUACUGACAUCACGUCGGACUUAGUGCCUGUAUAUUCUUACUCCAUCAGGGGCCCCACCCUUCCC